AUGCCUACCCGACGCGCCGUCGCGCCGACCCGGCACCGGCCCGGCGGUGACCCGGCGGUGUCCGGCGGGGACACCGGCCGCGGCCCGGGCCGGCCCGACCACUCUUCACUAGGUCCAUUAAUGGUGGUGCGGCGACGGGCGGCGUUACACGGCGGUCUCGGUGUGGCUGUGGCUGGAGAGGCGCUCGACGUCGAGGUCGACGGCGAGCGCGUCGCGCGGCUCGUCGCUGGACGAGUGCGAGUAGCGCUUGGACAGCGCCGUCUGCUUGCGCAGCGCCUCCGCCAGCGCCGCGUCCGCCAGCGAGCCGCGCGAGUCCAGCCCCUGCCGGAACGCGUUCACCACGCGGAUCUGCGCGCACAGCACCGCACAUGCACUCGCCGCUCGCGCGCCGCACGCGCGCCGGCGGCGACGAUGGCUUCCGAGCGACCCAACCCUUCCGCUGGCCGGUUUCAUGCCACCAGAGCCGCCGCCCGGUCUCAUCGCCUUGCAGUAGAGUUAAGUGUUACUUAUUUUCUAUUUUCGGAAGACGAAUUGCCUUUAUAUGUAGUACGAUGCCAACUUUAUGACGUUUCGGAACAUCGUGCGUCAAACUGCGCGAUACAAAAUUUUAGGUAUCAGCGGUACGUUAGAGCGCGGCGGGCAUAACCCUGCACGCGACUCCAAUCCAUCCGCGUCUUGUGUUAGCGUACUUUAUUCACAUGAUAGCAUAUGUUGUGGAUAAAUUAUCUGGGCUAUCACGGCCAGUAACCCCUCUGCUUCCGAUUCCGGAGGGUGUGGGUUCGAUUCCGGUCCGGGGCGUGCACCUCCAACUUUUCAGUUGUGUGCAUUUUAAGAAAUUAAAUAUCACGUGUCUCACGGUGAAGGAAAACAUCGUGAAGAAACCUGCAUACACUCUGGUAUGCAGGUUUCCUCACGAUAUUUAAUUUCAUAAAAUGCACACAAAGUUGGAGGUGCAUGCCCCGGACCGGAUUCGAACCCACACCCUCCGGAAUCGGAGGCAGAAGUAUAUCCACUGGGAUAUCGCGGCAUGCGUUAUUACUGUAAACUUUUACGUACUAGGUUGAUAGGAAUUCCGUCUUCCGCAAGUAGAACUAUACUUUAUAUAUUGACUUAUAUUGUAAUUCUGAUUAAUUGUAAAUAAAUUCUUUAAUAUUUAGA